UAGCCGCUGCAGAGAACCAAUCAGUCACUCUGAGCAGUUCCAGCAGUAAUGUGUGACAGGAUGAUGCGUAAAGGACAAAGGAAAAGCGCUGCGCUUUACUUGGCUGCAGCUGUUCUUAUGACGUGUUGUUUGACACAAACAAUCGACUGCUAUCGACUGAGGAAAAAAGAAAGACGAGAAGAAUCUGACUUAACCAAAGUGUCUGAUGUCCAAGAGGGAAGAAUUAUUUUUGGGAGCGUCUUUAAGAAAGCUACUGGCGUUAAUGCUCCAGUAAGUGGUGAAACCAAGAAGCCCUCAAACGUUUCAUCAGAAGAUGACGCUUCUUAUCAAGCAGACUCUCCAGGCUGGUCUGGAGGUGACGUUCAGCAUCGGAGUUCCAGAGAAGCGGCGUGGAAGCGCAUGUCUCCCUCUCUGCUGUGUGGGGGGGACCAGUUGAAAUUCCGUGCAGAGGGUCUAGGGGCGUCGCAGUUUGCAGUGGAAAAGGGAAAUGAACCCCCAAUCCCUCUGUCACAAGUCCCUCAAUCAUGUGGCUACGGCAUGCAGAAGAACUCCCUCGGGCUCAUCCUGUUGGUUCCUUACGACGGCUGCAACAUGGUGGUUGAGGAUGGACGUUAUGUGCUCCCGUUGCGUUGGCAUGGAAUUCCAGUCUCUCUCUUGUGUCAUAAACCGGUGGCAUCUGCCUCCACAACUGCUGGCUCUGAAAAACCACAACCUCAUACACCCUGGUACUCUCCAUCAUAUCCUGCAGUGCCGCAGCCGACUGUGGUCCCUCGCCCCGAGAUGCCGCAGCCGACUGUGGUCCCUCGCCCCGAGAUGCCGCAGCCGAAUGUGGUUUCUCGCCCCGAGAUGCCGCAGCCGAAUGUGGUCCCUCGCCCCGAGAUGCUGCAGCCGAAUGUGGUCCCUCGCCCCGAGAAGCCACAGCCCCAUGUGAUGUACCCCCAGUUAUACCCCCAAAUACCAGCACCACAUGUAAUGUACCCCCAGUUAUACCCCCAAAUACCACCACCCAAUGUAAUGUACCCCCAUUUAUACCCCCAAAUUCCAGCACCAGAUGUAAUGUACCCCCAGAUGCCACCACCCCAUGUGAGGCACCCCCAAAUGGUCCUUCCCCAUUUAAUAUACCCCCAGAUGCUGCCAGAGGGGAUGCCACCGCUGACACAGGAAGAUGUGCCCUUGGAGAUGCCCCUAAUGCCCCGAAUGCAUAGUGACCAAAAUGGAUCGCCUCCCAAAGUCCCUCAUCACAUCGGCACCAACUGCCACAGCAAAGCCAGCACCCAGAGUUCCACAAAUAUUUCCUUUUCCCAUGCACCCUUCCUUUCCCUGGUCUGGUUUGCCUCCGCAACCAACUGA